GAAGCAUUUAGUUCUAAUGAAAUAGAUAUUAGGCAAUUAGCAGGUUUAUAUAAUAAAAUUAGAGAUGUUUGUGGAGGAAGUGAAGUUGUAUACAAUUUGUUUGAUGAUACUUUAAGUGCCUUCGAGCCAAAAAUAGUUGAAAAAAAUGAUAGAGAUCAAAAUUUUCCAUUUUUAAAUCAUUUUUCCAUUUUUAUGA